GAUUUGUAAUCUGGAAUCGAUAUGAAGAAAACAUCAUCAUUAGUUUGGCGAUUUUUCGAUCGUAUUGAAGAAAACGGGAGAUGUGUAGCGGUGUUGUGUAAAUUAUGUGAUACGCAAUACAAGUAUUUCGGUAAUACGACAAAUCUACGAACACAUUUAGUGAAUAAGCAUCCGAUACAGUGGGAUUUAGUUCAAAACGGUACUCUGGACGAGUCGACAUUUCGUGCCUUCGAUGAUGAAGAUAACACGACACAAUCGUCAAUCACUCCAAAGAGGAAGAAAUAUAAUGUAAAGUCCUACAAAGACGAAAACGUACGUUAUUCAGUAUCAGUUGAUCUUAAAAACCGACAAGAUAGCCAAAAUGCCCUCGCAGAAGAUUCAAUGCCAAUUAUCGAAAUACAGCGGGUGGAUGUGCUUGAAAAUUCAGAGACUGAUGUUGAAAAUCAGAACGAUGGCAAUGAGGAACCAAUCAGCAUUGUUAGACAGAUGCACGGUAGCCGAAACUCGGACGAAGAAUGGCUCAACGACGAUUUAUAUGAAACCAUCGAAACUUAUGAACCAAAACGCAAACGGGUGAAAUAUAGAACCAUUAAGAGAGAAGUGCAGACUCCACCACGAAGCGUACCAAAGUAUGUCGUGAGAAACAGUACAUCAUACAAGAAACCGGAGCGGAUUGUCAUUGACAGUAGUAGUCCAAAAAAGGACGAAUAUUCAGUCUUUGGAGAUUACGUUGCGAAUAAAUUAAGAAAACUUAAAAAUAGUCAUUCUCGUGGAAAUGUACAGCAAUUAAUAUCGACUAUACUGUGGCAGUCGGAAUACGGAUUGUAUGAUAACAUGGACACCAUUAAAAGAGUUCUGUUACAUUCUGUUCAGGAGAUGGAGGUAGUCCACACAAAUGUGGAUCAUAUUAUUGUGCACGAGACUCAAGAAGAGUCUCCGAGUAAAGAAGAAAAUUGGACCAAAGAGUAGGAGUCACUUAAUUGAUAAUCAUGGUAGUUACUAUGUGAAAAUUGUUUCGUUUUACUUUUCAAUACGUGGCACUCAAUUUUUUAUUGUAUCACUAUUCACACCAAUAAAAAAAUGUGCAUAUA